AGUUUGCGUUGUGAAUGGCAUUUUGGGACUGAUUUCAAAUCGCAGCUUUGCCUUCGCAUCCUUUUUAUGUUCUCCAGCCACAGGACAUUGAAGAGGAGGACGCCUGCCCAGGGCAUUGACCGCCGGGAGUACAUUGGUCACCUGGUCGAUGAGUAUUAUACGACAACCAACAUCGAGGCCCAGCAGCAGGUGACUGCUAAUUUGGCCAAUUUUGCAUACGAUCCCAUCAACUGGUCGCAUCUCCUGGAGGCGGACGCCUUGGAUGUAUUUGUGGCAUCGCUGGAGACACAGGAUCAGCUAUUAAAAGUGCACGGAAUUGCGGCAUUGUGUAACCUUUGCCUGGACAAAACGGCUGCCAAAUUUAUCAGAGAGCAGCUAAAACUGCUAACCGGCCUCUUUGUGCGCACUGAUCACCCGGAAAUAGUACUUCACAGCCUGGCGCUCUUUUACCAAUUACUGGAAUUUGGUGAACGGACUGAACGGGAUUUACUUCUGAGCCCUGCGGUGCUAAGGACGGUGCAAGAGUGGCGGGUCAAGGCCCACGAUGAACGCAUCGUUAAACUUUGUCAGUUGCUGCUGCAAGAUUUCGCAACACGCACAGAGGUUGUCCAGCUGCAAAAGGCUUCCCCAAACGUUCCGACAGCUGAGCAGCAAAGCAGUGAAGCAGGUGCAAGUGGUUAAGCGGUUUUCCCAAAGCGAUUUGGAGCAGUUUGCCCAGUUCACCGGCGACCACAACUACAUCCAUAGUCUGGAAACGCCCACCGAGGAGCGCCGCGUCCAUGGAGCCCUGCUCAACGCGGUGGUGGCUGGUAUAAUGGGUACCCAGCUCCCUGGUCCGGGCACCGUGGUUCUAGAGCAGAAUUUCAAGUUUCUGAAACCCUGUCGUAUUGAGACCGACACCGUGGUGACCGUACGUCUGCUACAAUCUCGCAAGAUUUCCACCGUGGAGUACGAUAUAAGGCAGAACGACGAGGUGGUGUUCGCCGGCAGCGCCAAGUUGCUGACUCGCAACUAAAAAGACUAGCUUUGGUUCAAUAAAAGUGGAUGUUAGAAU